UCACAGAGAAGUAGGUUACUCGGCGCAUGCGCGCUGCGCGGAGUGAUUUGUUGAUGUCCUGCUCGCUGGGCUUCAUUUAGGAUCAUUUUGGACUUUUGGGACGGUUUCGCGACUCGGUUCGACCCCGGUUCGGGGCUCCCCUGCUCUCUCGGCAGCUCAGUGACCCAGCGGUGUCUAUAUGAGGGGCUGAUGGAAGACACACGGGAUUUGGCUGAACGCACGCCACGUUCAGAGCGGAAGCGGCGAGACUCGUUUGGGAUGUUCGAUGGCUACGACAGCUGCAGCGAGGAGUCCACCAGCAGCUCCAGCUCGGAAGACAGCGAGGACGAGGUGGUGCCCUCCAUCCCCGCCAGCCUGCCCAUCAUCAAGAACAAUGGCCAGGUGUACACCUACCCCGACGGCAAGGCCGGAAUGGCCACCUGUGAGAUGUGCGGCAUGGUGGGAGUCCGCGAUGCCUUCUACUCUAAAACCAAGCGUUUCUGCAGCGUGUCCUGCUCCAGGAGUUACUCCUCCAACUCCAAGAAGGCCAGCAUCCUGGCCCGGCUGCAGGGCAAACCACCCACCAAAAAGGCGAAGGUCCUGCAGAAACAGCCUCUGGUGGCCAAGCUGGCAGCGUACGCUCAGUACCAGGCCAGCCAGCAGAACCAGGCCAAGUCCAAAGCCGUGGUCCCAGCGGAGAGCUUCGACUGGGGGAGGUAUAUCUGUAGCAAUAACACGGUGGGAGCGCCGGUCAGCUGCUUCAAACAUGCUCCCAUGGGGACGUGCUGGGGGGACAUCGAGGAGGGCGUGAGGAUCGAAGUGCCCAACUCCGACACCAGUCUCUCCACCAAGGUCUACUGGAUCGCAGAGAUCAUCAAGCUAGCAGGGUUCAAGGCUCUCCUGCGGUACGAGGGCUUCGACAACGACACCAGUAAAGACUUCUGGUGUAACCUCUGCAUCCCCGAGGUGCACCAGGUGGGCUGGUGUGCGUCCAGCGGAAAACCCCUCGUACCUCCCAAAAGCAUACAGCAUAAGUACUCCAACUGGAAAGUCUUUCUGGUGAAGCGUCUCACUGGAGCUAAAACACUGCCGCCGGACUUCAACACCAAGGUGCACGAAAACAUGCAGUUCCCCUUUAAGAAGCUGAUGCGCGUGGAGGUGGUGGACAAGAACUACCUGUGCCGGACGCGGGUGGCCCUGGUGGAGCAGGUGAUCGGGGGCCGCCUGCGGCUGGUCUACGAGGAGAGCGAGGACGGCUCCGACGACUUCUGGUGCCACAUGCAGAGCCCGCUCAUCCACAACAUCGGCUGGUCCCGGAGCAUCGGACACCGCUUCAAACGAUCCGACUUCACCAAGAAAUUCGAGGGUCAAAUGGACGCUCCUCCUCAGCUCUUCCCAAAGGUGCGAGACGUGGACCAGAGCUCGGACUGGUUCAAAGACGGGAUGAAGCUGGAAGCCAUCGACCCCCUCAACCUCUCCGCCAUCUGUGUAGCCACAGUCCGAAAGGUGCUGGCGGACGGGUACCUCAUGAUCGGCAUCGACGGCUCCGAGGCGGUGGACGGCUCCGACUGGUUCUGCUACCACGGCACCUCGCCCUCCAUCUUCCCCGUGGGCUUCUGUGAAAUCAACAACAUCGAGCUGACGCCCCCCAGAGGGUACACCAAGCUGCCGUUCAAAUGGUUCGACUACCUCAGAGAGACGGGCUCCCGGGCCGCCCCCGUCCGCCUCUUCAACAAGGAGGUCCCCAACCACGGCUUCCGGCAGGGCAUGAAGCUGGAGGCCGUGGACCUGAUGGAGCCGCGGCUGGUGUGCGUCGCCACGGUGACCAGGAUCAUCCACCGCCUGCUGAGGAUCCACUUCGACGGCUGGGAGGACGAGUACGACCAGUGGGUGGACUGCGAGUCCCCGGACCUCUACCCCGUGGGCUGGUGUCAGCUGACCGGGUACCAGCUGCAGCCGCCCGCCGCGCAGAGUAGCAGGGAGAUGCCGCAGUCGGUGCCCAAGCAGAAGAAGAAGGCUCAGCAGUACAAAGGCCAAAAGAAGAAGUCUCUCCUGAGGAUGAAGGAGGAGCCGGACGAGUUCACCUUCUCCCAGGGAACGUCGGACCAGGAGAGCAACGGCUCGGGCAGCUACUACAUCAAGCAGGAGCCCUGAGGGGCCGGGGGGCCCCGGGGGGCCCGGGGGGGCCCCGGGGGGCCCGGGGGGGCCGCCGCCACCGGGAGGAGAGCCAGGAGCUCAAUAACACGGGGGUCAGUUCUUCUGAAGGGAGCGUCCCGCUGAACAGUGCGAGCGUGAGCCUGUGAGUGUGUGGGUGUGUAUAUGUGUGAGUGUGUGAGUGUGUGAGUGUGUGUGUGUGUGUGUGUGUAUGCGUGAGUGUGUGUGGGGUUCACAGCUGGCUGGGGCAUUAUCUUCCUCUCUGGUGUUCCUCGACCAAUCAGACGCCGACCGGACCGCCCCCUCCCCUCCCCCCUCCCCCCCUCAGAGACCUGUACAAACUGUGAGCCGCGUUAAUGAGCCAGGUCGCCCCUCGCCCCUCCCCCACCUGUGUGUGUUGGUGUUGUCUGGCCCGGGUCAGGGGUCAGAGGUCAGGAGCACAGCUGUGUAUAUUCUCUCCUUCUGUUCAUAGUACUUGAAGUUGUGUUUUCUUGAACUCUGGAGUUGUGUUGUUCUCUUCUUGGCGCUGAUUCCACAGCUGCUCGGCGUUCCUCAUCGUGUCUGUCGGGUUUGGGGGAUCGGGGGGGGUCAGGGGUCAGGGGUCGGGUUCUCCAGCACCAUUCAAUCACUGUGGGAACAAAGUCCAGGAUGACCUUUCAUCCAGAUUGAAGCAUUAAAACCUUUACUCUCCGCUGGAACUUUCCAAUCGGUCCAUUGAGACGCUGACAUGUCUUUGGCGGCUGCCGGUAGCGGUGCAGCGCCAAACCCAGCGCCCGCCCCUCAGCGUCCAGCAGGGAGCCUGAGACACUUCUGUCCUCACUGGCUGGACGGGGACGGACCGGCUGCUGGCGUCCAGUCCUCCGCCAUCCGAGACAUGGGCGUGUCUCCUGAGAGUGGGACCAGGCGCCGGGCGCGUGCCGCGGCGCCGGCGGCGUUAACCAGGAUAAGCUAAACGCGUCCCUCAGGCUUUGUGCUGCAGUGUUGAUGGGGAGCUGCGUGGAGGACGGCGAGGCUGGCAGGGGGCUGCUGGAGCGCCCGGCCAGCGCUCGCCUCUGUCUGGGUAAUAUGCAAAACGUGUGUGUGUGUGUGUGUGUGUGUGUGUGUGUGUGUGUGUGUGUGUGUGUGUGUGUGUGUCAGAGCCAUAUGUAUGCAGGUAGUUUGUGGUUGACCUGAGCCUUUGCUUUUCAUACUGAGAAACGAUGCACUGCAGGUGAAAGGGGGCGGGGCCACAGCAGGUUGGGGAGGGGGCGGGGCCACAGCAGGUUGAUUUGUCCCUUAACAUCUGAAGAUGUCAGACAGUUGAACCAGGGAACAUGAGAAGGUUAGUUUAGUUCCGGUCAGAACCCUGAUCAUGACGGCGUGUUGCCAUGGUUACACUACUUCCUCCAUAGUGUAACCACAGCAGCACCGGUCAGUGUGUGUGUGUGUGUGUGCAUGUGUGUGGUAGCUGAGGAGAACCUGCAGCACGCUCUAGAACGCCAGGGCGGCUCCCGGCCCCCCGGGGAGCCGCUCACCUUCUACCUCCUGAUGCCGGCCGCGCUCGGCGGCGGCAUAUGCAAACCCGGACGAGCCGAGCCGAGACGCCAAACAACGGAAGAGUCUUUCUCAGCACACGAGCUCAUUAUGCAAUAAGAGAGACGCCCCGGACGCCGCCGGCGCCGGCGCCGGGAGGAGCAGAGUCCAGUCAACUCUCAGGAAGCUCCGCCCACUCAAACCACCGCUAACAUUCACUGGAUUCAGCCUCAGCUUUUAUAUCUACAGGGACAAGAUGGCUAGAAACAAAAGUUUAAUUAAAGUCUUUAAAUAAUUUACUUGUGCAGAUUUAUUUGUUUCUAAAAUAAAAUAUUAAAAGAACACUUUGAGUUGUAAAAUACUAUCACUGAAACUAAAAAAGUAAUUACAUUUAAAUAACAAGAUUCACCUCUUCCAUAAAGAAUGUUAUUUAGAAAAAUUCUAAUCAUUUAGGGUGAAAGUUUUCUCUGAAGAAUUAAUUUUUUUUUAUUUACAUUAAAAUGACAGAACUUUUCUAAUAAAAUUGUAAUUUCUGUUCAGAAGUUUGUAACUUUCAGGAAAUAAAUGUUCUUUAUGAGUGAGAUCUUAUUGUAUCGUACAGAUGGAAGCGGUUCGUCUGAACCUGGAGGUGUUUUGACCCUCAUUUGUUGCCGUAUUCAGACCACGCCCACUUCAGACCACGCCCACUUCUGAGUCUCUCUUCCCUUCUGAUUGGACAUUUUCCUUUCCCUUGUCGAUCCCAAGCGAAAAGCUGAGACGAGCAAUAAAAGACACGGCGUCACAAUCAGCCCGGGCCCUCUCAGAGGUCAAAGGUCAGAGGAAGCAUCAACAACUACCAAACUGCGAUAUUAUCUUAGUACAACCAGACUGUUAUGGACUGACUGCUGCUAGCCUCUAGAUUAAUGCACAAUCAGCGCUCUCAGUGGGAGGUGUGGCCUGGAGGCUCCGCCCACCGCCGUGGGAGGCGGAGUCAGGGUGGGGUGGGGUGGGGGGGUGCACUGAUCAGCUCGUUGCAUGUCAGACUUUGUGCCGGUGUCGUGCUGAGCUUUCUGUCGUUGCUGUAAAGGUCGUCGGUCGUUGAGUGGCUGUGUUCCCCUCCUCCUCCUCCGCCGCCGCCGCCCGUCAGGACCGCCGCCCGGGGAGGCGUGUCCGUCCUGCUGAGCGGCGGCGGGCGGCAGAACGUCUGUGCCAAGACGAAUCAGACCCCUCGUUGGACUCGGUCCACUUUGAUCCAGUCCCGGUUGAAAUCAGUGAAUUUGGCAGUGAGGACGUCCCGGGUCAAACUGAGCGAAUGCUAAUGCUAAUGCUAACUGCAGUUCUGCUGGUUUUGGAGUUAAAAGCACAAAAAAAGAAAGUGGCUGAACUAACUAACCAAACCGGAAGCGUUGAAUUGGUUACUUUAACUCUUCUGAACUGGUAGCUGACAGUCGGGUUUCGCCUUGGCACUGGGGGGCCGAGGAGCAUGCUGGGUAUUUAGUCUUUGAUUUCGUUGGUUUCCCUUUGAUACUAACACGGGUCUUUUGUAUGUGACAGCCCCCUCCUCCCUCCCCCUCCUUCUAUAUCAAAUCAUUAUAUCGUGGUGCUACUAUAUAUAUAUUUGAUAAAAUGACUUAAUGUAUUGGAUUACUAUUGUCUGAAAA